GUCUCUGCCUGCCCUCAAAAGUAGGCAGAGAGAGAGACAUCAAGAGAGAAAGAACAGGGAGGUGGACAACUCUUUUUCUCAGCUGGUCUGCCUGCCUGUCCCGCCUUGAACUCUCGCAUUACCAUGACUACAACAUCCGAGAAUUUAGUGGAAGAAAGCACAGCAGCAGAGUGAAAGAAGAAGACAAGAAUCUGUUUCUUUUUCUUCCUAAGUGGAAAACAGUGAGAGAGGAGGGGAAGAGCAGAGGGAGGGAAGAGACAGAAAAUAAAGUAGAGUAAGAAAAAGAGCUUGUCAGAGUAUACACAGAAAAGAGGAGCAAGGUGACACGGGAGGAGCCGAGGAGGGAGAAGAGAGGAGAGGAGGAGGAAGAAGAGGAGAGGAGUGAGUGAAGGACUGAGAGAACGCUGGUCAUGGGUCUGUGCGCUGUGUUGCUCAUCUGUCUGUCCCAGGCAGAGCUUGCCAGAGUCUGGAGUCAAGAGCUAUCAGGUUCACUGCAUGGACAGUCAGAUGUACAGAGAGUCAGGAGAGAUCAGCAGGAGUCGAGCCGGAGUACACAGAACAGAACAGGCCAGGAGGCAAACGGAGGAGGCCUCGCCAUCGACACACUGCCCGACAACAUGACCAAAGUGGUGGAGGACGCUCAAAAGUAUUACUCAUGGCGUAGCUUUGGCCCCACUGACAGACGAACUCAGGAGCUCUGGGUGGACCUGAAUUCAGUCCAGGAGGGCCAAGUAAGGGUGCACGGCAUCCUGUCCAACACACACCGACAGGCAGCGCGGGUGGCCCUUUCCUUUGACUUCCCCUUCUAUGGACAUCAAGUGAGGCAAAUCACCAUAGCAACUGGAGGGUUCAUUUUCACUGGAGAGAUUACGCAUCGCAUGCUGACGGCCACCCAGUACAUUGCACCUCUCAUGGCCAACUUUGACCCCAGUUUCUCAAGGAACUCCACUGUGUGCUACUUGGACAAUGGUGAGGUGUUUGUUGUGCAGUGGGAUAAGGUGAGGCUACAGGGCAGGGAGGCAGAGGGAGCCUUCACCUUCCAGGCUGCUCUUCACCGCAACGGGACCAUUGUUUUUGGCUACAGAGACGUGCCUUUACCAGUAGUAAAGAUCAACUCUACUGAGCACCCAGUGAAGGUUGGUCUGUCUGAUGCCUUCAUGGCCUUUAUUUCUUCCCCACAAUCCCCAGAAUCGAAAAGGAGGACGAUCUACGAAUAUCAUCGGGUUGAAGUCAACACCACUGAGAUUGUAAACCGCUCUGCAUUCGUGUUCAGCCCGUUACCUACCUGCCUCCAACACACCAACUGUGACCAGUGUCUCCACUCCAACCUCACCACAGGCUGCGGCUGGUGCAACAUCCUGCAGAGGUGUUCAGAUGGGAUAGACCGGCACAGACAGGAAUGGAUUGACUUCAGCUGCUCAGAGGAGGCGAAGGAGGGCACGUGUGAAGAUUACAGUCAGGGAGGUGCAGACAGUUCGAUGAGUCCAUUCAGCUCCCCUGUUCCUGCUGCUACACCGUCCCCUGCAGCUAGGCCAGGCAGCCCUGUCACUGAGGACGACACCAAACUUCUCUUUCACCACCAUGAUAAUGAUUUGCAGAAGGGUUCUCCUGGUGAAGAGGAGCCUCCAGAACACACUGCAAUUAUUGCGGGUGUAGUGGCAGCCUUGGUCCUACUGGUCUUCUUGACCCUGCUGGCUGUGUACUAUAUAAACACACACCCCACUGUCGCGCCUCCAUUCUACCUCAUGCAGCGCCGAACCAAUAACUAUUGGCCGUCCAUGAAGUUUCGCAAUCAGGGUUGCCAUUCCAGCUAUGCUGAGGUUGAACUUGGGUUUCAUGAAAAGGACGGCUUUAUUGAGGCAGAGCAGUGCUGAGGAGGCAGGACUUCCUCUACAAAGGAGCCAGUUAAUCUCUGUUUUUUUGGUAAAAGUUCAAACAUGAAAAAAAGACAAUGAGGGGCUGUUAACCACCACAUGAAUGGACACCAGAGACUGUGGAUAGUUACCUUGCAAGCUUUCUCUGCCUCCAUAGAUUUGACAGUCCUUCCUGCAACACCUCUUGUGCUAUUUGUUUAUUCCUUUUAUUAAGGAACAGGCAAUGUUAAUGGCAAAUGUGCUAGCUACGCUCUUGGUAAAGGCGGUAAGAGUGGCACAUGCAUUAACCAUGAAGAGUCCUGCAGUUAGUGUACAGUACAAUACAACUUUGUAGAAUUUCAUUUUUAAAAGAUGAUGUUUUGUGUUUUAUAAUAUGUUCAAUGGAAAAAAAUAAUACUCAGUUAGCCACAUGGACUGGACUGCACUUUAAAUGAAUUAUCUCAGUAGUAAUAGUGAUAUUAUGUGAUCUAAUUUUUUUGACCCUUUUUAUAUUUUGUGCCCUAGGAUCAAGUUUCAGGUAUCAGUAUUGCAAGCAUAGCACCCUCAUCAAUAGACAAUUUAAAAAAAAAACUAUAGAAACCAUACUGGGUUUUUAAAGGGGCAGUUUGUUUCUUUUAGAGCUUUCUACUGCCUGUGAGGUGAAUUGCAAUGAUACACUGACAAGCAUAAAUGAUAAAUAAAUUCUCCCCCUAGCUUACCCCAGCCCCUCUGUGAAAUUAUGUAUUCUUCAUAUUUUUUAAGGAAAAGAGAAAUAGCUGAGCAGCUCUGUUCCAGCUGGAGCAGAGCUGGUUUCUGCAUCAGAAAAAUGUGAAAAGAAGGCUGAAAUUAAACUAGCAUACUGGAUUUUCUUUAUAAUAUCUUUGAAAUUAUAUGAUUAUUAUACAGAGAUGGGUACUCAAGUUAGGGACUCGGAUUUGAGUUGCACUUGAGUUGCACAUUGACUGACUCAUGAUUUCACUUGGACUUGAGACUGAACACUUGUGAAAUUCCAGCUUGGAUAAUAAUAUGAACACAAACACUAAUAAAUUCGGACUUGAGACAUGACUCAGACUUCAGCUAAGAGACUUCUGACUUGGCUCAGACUUGCAGUUCAGUGACUUGAGACUUGUCAUGGACUUGCAGCUCAGAGACUUGAGAGUUGGCUUGGACUUGCAGCUCAGAGACUUGUGACUUGAUUCAGACUUGCAGCUCGGUGACUUGUGACUUGACUUGGACUUGCAAAAAGUGAUUUGCAAGCAUCUCUGUUAAAGGUCUAGAAACUUUUAAAGAUCAUAAGCAUGCACCUUUAAAGGAAUUGUAAAAUCUCAUUACCCAAGAAUGAUGAUCUCUUUCUUAAAAAUACAAAUGGAAUCCAGUUCCAAUCAGGGAAAUGGUUUGAAAUUACUGUCUAACAUAUUACUGUUCUGACAUAACUCAUAUGCAAGCACUAAUUGUUACAAUUUGAAAUUGUAAUUGCAUGUCAGAUGUUUGAUACAAAGAUCUGAUUUUGGCAAAGAAAAUGGCAAAACUGGUACAUUGUUGUUGAGGGUUUAAAUUGCAUUAAAAUGUCAUUUUGAAUAUAAAGUGUGCUUUUAGUGAACCAAUAAAGUGAAAAUACUGUUUUGAAAACCA